AUGGCCGACCUUCCUGAAAUGCAGUAUCGCUUCCUCGGCCGCACAGGCCUGAAGGUGUCAGUUAUUUCUCUAGGUAGCUGGCUGACUUACGGUGGCCACGUUGGAAACGAAACAGCAUUUGAUUGUGUCAAGGCUGCUUAUGACGCCGGCGUUAACUUCUUUGAUACCGCCGAGGUCUACUCUGGUGGCCAGUCUGAGAUCGUACUCGGCCAGGCCAUCAAGAAAUUUGGCUGGAAGCAGAACGACCUCGUGAUUUCAACCAAGAUCUACUGGGGCCGAGCUAACAGCGCAAAUCCUGACAAACCCCUUAACAACAAUGGUCUCUCGAGAAAACACAUCAUCGAGGGGAUGAACCUGUCUCUCCAGAGAUUGGAUCUUUCUUAUGUGGAUAUCGUCUAUGCCCACCGCCCAGACCGUGACACUCCCAUGGAAGAGAUUGUCCGUGGCUUCAAUUACCUGAUCAACACGGGCAAAGCCUUUUAUUGGGGCACCUCCGAGUGGUCCGCCAGUGAAAUAUCUGAUGCAUGGCGUAUUGCCGAUCGACUCGGCCUUGUUGGUCCCGUCGUUGAGCAGCCACAGUACAACCUUCUCGUGCGAGAGCGGGUGGAGAAAGAGUAUCGCUGGCUGUACGAGGCCCAUGGUCUUGGCCUGACAAUCUUUUCGCCCCUCAAGGGGGGCGUUCUGACUGGGAAGUAUAAUGAUACUGCCACGCCACCGGCUGGCUCUCGGCUUGCGGAAUCGGAGGAUGGCUACAUUAAGAAUCUGCGGAAAACCGUUGGCAAUGAUAUUUGGACGCAACAGCUCAAGCAGGUCGCUGCACUCAAGCCGGUCGCGGAUGAACUUGGCGUCUCGACAGCCCAGUUGUCCUUGGCCUGGAUCCUGAAGAAUCCGAAUAUCUCGUCCAUGAUUACUGGAGCCUCGCGGCCCGAGCAAGUUCUCGACAAUGUUCGAGCGUUGGCCAUCGUUGACAAGUUGACCGACGAUGUCAUUGAGAAGAUCGACAAGGCAGUGGGGAAUCAGCCCGCGAUUGAGUCCAUGAACAUCUUGAAUCGAGCUGAUAUCUGA